AUGAAUCUGCUUGUUACUUCUCCUGGAGCCUAUCUUGCCAACCAGACAGCUGCUGGUAAAGCUAAUAACAGCGUAGAGUAUAAAGAUAAUGAUGAGUACAUUUGCAAAUAUAGUUACAUGCUUAAUGGUAAUGAUGGAAACGACAAUAAUAACAAUAUAAAUAGCCAACUGAUACUUAAAGUUAACUGUCCAGGUUUUGAUAUCUCCAAACUACCUUUGGAUAUCCUUAUUUUUAAUGUUCUCAUUCAUUUAGAUUAUCCUGAGUUGAACUCAUUCUCAUGGACGAAUAAAUGCUAUUAUAAUUUAAUCAAUAACCUAAGUUCAAAUUUGAUCAAAUAUUUAAAAUUCAAACAUAAUAGAUAUAAAUUGGAAAAGUUUUUCUCAAGUAAAUUUGACUUCAGUACUGUUAAUACUAAUGUUCAAAAAAAUAGUGUUUCAAUCCCAACUCCAAUUGAACUAUAUCAAAAAAAUAUUUUGAUUUCGUUGAAUUUGUCAUUAAAUUACUCCAAUAUUUUCAUUUUAUCAAAACUAAAGAUUUUAAAGUUUCUAAACAUCAAGGAUUCUUUAAACAAAAACUUCAAGAAAUUAUAUAAUAACUAUAGCGAUUUGAAGCAAUUACUAAUCAAAAGAAAUAUUUUAAUACUAAAUAAAAGGAAGUUAUUCAUCUUAAAGAAAAUUAAACAACUAAAGGUGAAUGUAAUCGAUGACCUAUUGAAAACCUUUGUUAAAUCAUAUAAAUAUAAUGCAUCUCAUAAACUACACAAGAUCAAUUCUAAUGUCAAACUAAAAAAGUCUUUCUUUGAAAGACUAUCAUCAUCGUCUUAA